GGGGCUAUCAUUCUGCUAAGUCAUUCCAUUAUUCUCACAUGGUAUCAACAACAUUAGGUUUUUAGAACCUUAAUAUUUCGGAGGGGGGGGGGGGGGAUGGCCAUGAGUAGCACAGCCUCAUUUUCUGCGUCAACCACGGCCGCGCCAUCCUCUUCAGCAGCGCCGGCCAUCGUGAUGCUAUCUUCCUCCUCAACUCCCGUGUUCACCAUGGCAACCUCUUCGGUCAUGACGCACAGCACCAGCGGUGUUGGAGGGGUCCAAGCUUCGUUGUUUCCCUCUUCGAUGCUCACCGGUUCUUCUACAAUCGGCUUUGGUACUUGGGAAACACCAGUUUUUACUUGGACUCUUUAUGCACCCACGUUGCAGCCGAUCUCAUCUACUGCUUCUUCGCUUCCGCUAAUUCAGCUUGUUCCUCCGUCAGACACUCUUGCAUCCGCCACAUCUAUCCCUCAAAUUGUCGUCCCAACUCUGUCUGGGUCACCCGGACUGACCUUUCCUCGCUCUUGUUGGGAAUAACAGGAUCGUGCUAAUAUGAGAGAAAAAUACUACUAUUACUUUCAAGAAUAGAAGGAAGAGACAUACAAGCUCUACCUAAAAACUCUCAAAAACACCUCACAUAUCUCUCAAGGAUAUUCACAACUCAAACUUGGUUGUGUUAUAAUGAUCUAUG